ACGAAAAUUGACUCGGCGGACAGCCAGCAGGAGCAGAUAAGCCAGCGAAUUACUACGCAACAACACAUGCAAAGCCCGAUUCCGGGAGAGAGUUGGCGCCUGUCAGGUUUUACUCUCUCUCUCUCUCUCUCUCUCUCUCUCUCUCUCUCUCUUGCCUCGGGAUUUCUGAGGAGAUUCCAAUAUCGAUCGAAAUAUCCAGUAACAACGUCUGUCGCAUACAUGACUCGGAACAAAGCUACAAUUCUUUUUUAUUUCCCUCUGCCCAUGGGAGAUGAAGAUUUGAUCGCCGUCGGCAUCUUAAAACCGAGUAAGAAGGUCGGGUCAGCAGCCUAGCGGAAAUGAAUCCUUACGCGAACAAGUCAGCGACAACCCCGCUUGGUGGUUUUCCGAUUGCAGCGACAUGCAGAUGGCGCUAGUGUGAGAGUGGAUGACAGUCUGUUUCUACUUCCAACACAGGCAAGUACUUGUACUUUCUUACUGUACUUUGUUGUUCGAGGGGGAUGGGAUUGAACUAAUUACAAUGCUUGAUG